GCCAUUGACAGAGAGUUGGGGAGAGAGGGAGGGGGCAUUCUCUGACCGUGGAAUACUUUUUUUCUGAAGAUGGCAAGGAAGUGAAACGAGCACCCAAUUUUCUCAGAUCGAUUCUUUAUUCAUCUUUGGCGAAGCGUCCGGUUUUAUUUAAUUGCCGUCGAGGUGUGGAUGUGGGGGAAGGACGGCGACCUUUCCCAUCGGGCCUCCUUGGCUUCGUUCUCAUCUCCAGUACCGAGGAAACCAGGGGAGGCUGUGCCUUUUCUCCGUCUCGGGGGGACUACGAUUGUCUCUUGCUUCUUGUAUGACCACCUCCAUCUCCUCUGCCAUCUACAAGGUUUUUCUCCUCGAAGACCAAACAAUUUGAUCUUUUCUUUGUGGCGUCGGGGAAUUGUAGUUGGUGGUGUUCAUUCACCAGAGGCCUGUUGUGGUUCGUUGAUUCUUCUUUCUCCCCUUUCUUUACUUGCUUCCUCCUGUUCAGGAAUUUGGUGGAAAUUGGUAUGCUUCCUGCAGAAUUGAACAAAUUGGGUACUGCCCUUUUGGUGACUGAAGAUCAGGAAUCUCCGGAAAGGCUGAGCAUUGUUGUCCAUAGGCAAACAGGCCUCUGUUAGGCUGUUGUUUUGGCCGGAGACAUUAUCUUCACAAGAAUGGGUAAAAAUAUUCUGGUCGUUCUGCUUUUGUUAUUCUCUGUUGGGAAUAGUCUGUCUGCUUUUACGCCGGACGACAACUAUCUGAUCGACUGUGGGUCUUCCACCAAUACCACGGUCGAUACUCGCACUUUCGUUGGGGAUAAUUCCGGCUCCCUCUUCUCCAUUGCGACUGGAGAAAAUAUUUUAGGCAGCACGGCCUCCACCCCUGUUGGAAAUCUCAGUGGAUUGGCUCUCUAUCGGACUGCUCGGAUCUUCAGCAGCGUUUCUUCUUAUACCUUCUCAAUCAAAAGCUCGGGCAGGCACUGGAUUCGCCUGUAUUUCUUUCCAUUCACCUACCAAAAAUACGACUUAACAACUGCGAGUUUCUCUGUACAGACUCAAGACACUAUCCUCCUCAGCAAUUUCAGAACGCAGAAUACUUCUGCUGCCGUUUUCAAGGAAUACUCCGUCGUUGUAAACUCGAGCAACCUCGUCCUCACUUUCUCUCCUCUGAACAGCUCGUUUGCGUUCGUGAAUGCGAUAGAAGUUGUUUCUGUUCCCUCUACGCUUAUCGGAGAUUCUGCUCAGGUGCUAAAUCCUGUAUCAACACGUAAUGGCUUGUCGCAAGAAGCUUUCGAGACGGUAUUCAGGGUGAACAUGGGAGGACCUUUUGUCACUCCUCUAGACGACACACUCCAGAGAACUUGGGUGACUGAUGAAGACUUUCUGCUACUUAAGAGCGCCGCCUUGAGUGUUUCAACAAGCCAGCAGCCUACAUAUCCUAAUGGAGGAGCCACCCAAGAUACUGCUCCAAGCAUUGUGUACAGGACGGCUGAAAUGCUGAACCCGUCGACCCAGUCGAACUCGAAUCAGUUCAACAUAACAUGGCAGUUCCCAUUGGAUUUCAGUUACUCUUAUUUAAUCCGGAUGCAUUUCUGUGACAUAGCAAGUAAAGCACAGAAUCAGCUCGUGUUCAAUGGCUACAUAUCCGGCUUCCCUGCGGUCACGAAUCUUGAUCUGUAUGCUGAAACACUGGCCUUAGCAUCUCCUAAGUACUACGACUUUGUUUUGGCUGCUACGUCUGGUUCGAGUAGUUUGAAUGUGUCUGUUGGUCCCUCGGCUACUACAGGUAUUACUCCUAAUGCAACUUUAAAUGGGCUGGAGAUUAUGAAGUUUAGUUUGGCAUCUGCCAAUCCGACCUCAAAGAAGAGUACGAAGAUUGGUAUAAUUGUUGGCUCUGUAUUGGGGGUUGUGGUCGCCAUCUUAUUGUGCAUAGUCGCCGUGGUUAUGCUGAGAUGCCGGAAGGAGCGUCCAAAAAAGGAAGGACAUUCUAAUUCUAGGACUUGGGUUCCUUUCACUGUUGGGGGUCAUUCUCACAGUGUAGGCAGCAUUGCAACUUCAAACACCGGCGUAUCAGGGCACAAUGCAAGUAUGGGUUUCCGAUUCUCCUUUGCUGAGUUGCAGGAAGCCACAAAGAACUUUGAUGAAGGAUCCGUCAUUGGAGUAGGUGGCUUCGGGAAGGUGUACUUGGGGAAACUGCGAGAUGGAACUGAAGUGGCAGUCAAAAGAGCUAACCCAGGCUCUCAGCAAGGUGUAAAGGAAUUCCUGACAGAGAUCGAUAUGUUGUCUAAAUUCCGUCACCGUCACCUCGUCUCACUGAUUGGCUUCUGUGAUGAGCACUCUGAGAUGAUCUUGGUGUACGAGUAUAUGGCAAAUGGGACCCUGAAGUCUCAUCUCUAUGGAAGUGAUCAUCCUAAUCUUACUUGGAAACAGAGAUUGGAGAUAUGCAUAGGAGCAGCUCGGGGACUUCAUUACCUGCACACCGGUUCCACCCAAGGAAUCAUCCAUCGCGAUGUAAAGUCUGCCAAUAUAUUACUCGAUGAGAAUCUUAUGGCUAAGGUUUCAGAUUUUGGGCUUUCGAAAACAGGUCCUGAUUUGGAUCAAACCCAUGUAAGCACGGCUGUCAAAGGGAGCUUCGGCUACCUCGAUCCAGAGUAUUUUAGAAGGCAACAGUUGACAGAGAAAUCAGAUGUCUAUUCAUUUGGUGUUGUGCUACUUGAAGUCCUUUGCGCAAGGCCAGUGAUUGAUCCUACCCUUCCCCGGGAGAAAGUAAAUAUUGCGGACUGGGCAAUGAAAUGGCAGAAGAGGGGGCAAUUGGAGCAGAUUAUUGAUCAGCGGCUUGCUGGCACCAUAAAGCCUGCUUCUCUCAGGAAAUUUGGAGAGACAAUUGAGAAAUGCUUAGCUGAAUAUGGUGCAGACCGUCCUACCAUGGGAGAUGUGCUGUGGAACUUGGAAUAUGCUCUGCAACUUCAGGAGACAUCUGCCCUUGCUGAUCCAGAUGAUAACAGUGCAAAUCGCAUCACAGCUAUGCCGGUUCGAAUCUCACACAUUGAUCCAUCUGAAACUCAAAUGACGAACAGGGAUGGGACCUCAGGUGAUGAACUAUUAAGCAUAUCAGCAAGCAAUGUCUUCUCUCAAUUGAUAAACACGGAAGGCAGGUAGCUGCUGAUCCAAGGCAGUUUGCUCCACAAUCUGUCCCGAGUAGCAAUUCUUCUUCUGUUGUUGUUGACUGUAAGCAUUCUAGCAUAUUUGUAGUCCCGGGGAGAUGUUCAAUCAUGGCCUUCUGCAUGUUUGAGUUGGCGUUAUCAACUUUUCGUCUUCUCACUGUGGACUUUCUCAGCGAACCUCGGCUGAACAGUUCGCAGCAGGGCCUUGAUUACAGAGAGGACUUUGAUGCCUCUUCAUCUUUGUAGUGUUCCUAGUGCCUCCGUCUUAUGUUAUUAUCUAUUUUUUAUUGGACUUCCAAAGUUGCAGCGACUGUACAGUAAAGUUAUCUGCGCAUGA